AGCGCAUGCGCAUAGCGGCACCACCAGGGCCGGGUAUCAUGGCUACGUACGUGGACAUACUAAAGAGCGAGUUCCCUCAGAUUGACUCGGAGCUUUUCGACUAUAUCACAGGUGUUUUGGACAGCAGCAGUGCAGAUUUUGAGGAUGGAGAGGAGGUGUACGACGCCAUCGGAGGAGUCCUGCAGGAAGUGUCUGCUGACAGUAAAAACGAGGAUGACAUCAGAGACAUCUGUCUCCAGAUGUUCAACACUCUCAAACUGAGUAACCACGAUGGCUGUCCGAGGCAGGUGUUGUUGGACGCUCCGGUGCAGCUCUCUCAGAUCUCUGCAAACACCGAGUCGGCAGCCAAAGACGUUCAGGGGAUCUGGAUGAUGAAACGUCCUCAGAACACAACAGUGGACGCGAAGAAGUUGGAGAAGGCAGAGGCAAAGCUGAAAGCUAAACAUGAACGCAGAAAUGAGAAGGACACUCAGAAAGCCUGCUCUCCUUUAGUCCUGGAGGAGGCAUCGGCCAGUCAGGCCAGCAGUAAGAAGGACACCCGAGUCGACCAAUCAGGGAAGAACCGCAGCUACGAUAUCCGCGUCGAGAACUUUGAUGUUUCGUUUGGAGAGAGGUGUCUGCUGCAGGGGGCGGAGCUCUCCCUGGCGUCAGGUCGACGGUACGGUCUUGUUGGUCGUAAUGGUUUGGGGAAAACAACGCUGCUGAAGAUGCUGGCGAGUCGUAACCUCCAUGUCCCCGCUCACAUCUCCAUCCUUCAUGUGGAACAGGAAGUGGCAGGCGACGAGACGUCAGCACUGCAGAGUGUCCUGCAGAGCGACACGCUGAGAGAAGAGCUGCUGGAUGAGGAGAGGAGGCUCAAUGCUCGCAUUGCCAACGGAACUGCCGACGGGCUGGAGAGUGUUCAACUUUCAGAGAUCUAUGGCAAGCUGGAGGAGAUCGAGGCCGACAAAGCCCCGGCCCGAGCCUCUGUCAUUCUGGCUGGUCUUGGAUUUUCUCCCAAGAUGCAACAACAGGCCACAAAGGAGUUUUCAGGAGGAUGGAGGAUGAGGCUGGCGCUGGCCAGUGCCCUGUUUGCUCGGCCAGACCUUCUGCUGCUGGAUGAGCCCACCAACAUGUUGGAUGUCAGAGCCAUCCUGUGGUUGGAGAACUACCUUCAGACGUGGCAGUCCACCAUCUUAGUCGUCUCCCAUGACAGAAACUUCCUGAACGCUGUGGUAACAGACAUCAUCCACCUGCACUCCCAGAGGCUUGACAGUUACCGUGGUGACUACGAAAACUUUAUUAAAACCAAAGAAGACAGACUGAAGAACCAACACAGAGAGUAUGAGGCCCAGCUGCAGUACAGACAACACAUACAGGUUUUUAUUGACAGGUUUCGGUACAACGCCAAUAGAGCAGCUCAGGUCCAGAGCAAACUGAAGCUGCUGGAGAGACUACCUGAGCUGAAGCCUGUAGACAAAGAAACUGAGGUCACUCUAAGGUUUCCAGAUAACUUUGAGAAGUUGUCUCCUCCCAUCUUGCAGUUAGAUGAAGUAGAGUUUUACUACACUCCAGACCAGCGGCUCUUCUCUGGGCUCAACCUGUCGGCCGACCUCGAGUCUCGAAUCUGCAUUGUCGGUGAAAACGGCGCUGGUAAAACCACCGUCCUCAAACUGCUGAUGGGCGAGUUGACGCCAGUCAGCGGAGUCAGACAAGCUCACAGGAACUUGAAGAUCGGUUACUUCAGUCAGCAUCAUGUGGACCAGCUGGACCUGAACGUCUGCUCUGUGGAGCUAUUGCUCAACAAGUUCCCUGGUCGGACGGAGGAGGAGUACCGCCACCAGCUGGGAGGCUACGGUAUUACUGGAGAACUGGCUGUGAGGCCAGUGGCCAGUCUGUCAGGCGGGCAGAAGAGCCGGGUUGCCUUCGCACAGAUGACCAUGCCAUGUCCAAACUUCUACAUCUUGGAUGAGCCGACCAACCACCUGGACAUGGAGACCAUCGAGGCUCUGGCUAAAGCCCUCACCAAGUUCAAAGGUGGGGUCAUCUUGGUGUCACAUGACGAACGUCUGAUCCGGAUGGUGUGUAAGGAGCUGUGGGUGUGUGAAGGCGGGAAAGUUCAACGCAUCGAUGGCGGCUUUGAUGAGUACCGAGACAUCCUGCAUGAACAGUUCAGGAGGGAGGGUUACCUGUGAUGCCCUGCCCACUGUUGACUAACCACGCCCCUCAGUAACAUAACCCUGCCCCCUCAAGACCUGUCACAGCAGCCAGUCAGCUGUCAGAGCAGACUGAAGGACGUUUUCUUCUCUGAACUCUCGUGUCCUGCUGCGAGCUGAUUGGCUGUUAACGUUCGCCUGCUGAGGUCACAUUAAACUCUGGAGGAAGAGUUGUGGACGACUCGGAGUUAAUUUUAGAAGUUAGACAUCCAUCGGCUGUGUCCUCGUCACAUUAAAGCCUAUUUUGCAUUUUAUCACUGACUCAUGCAGGUAGGAGCUGAGCGUCAAACGUUACAUUUCCAUUCAGAGACAGAAACACAAUAAAGACCAUCAGAUCAUG